GACGGGGAAAGGGAACACCAGCGGGACGGGACAGGCGGGCCGGGGAAGAGGAGCGGCCCCGGCCCUUCCGCCGGCGGCAGGAAGCAGGAAGGGAGCGGGCAGGGCUGCGGGGAGCCCGGGCGGUGGGUCUCUGCUCUUCUCCCCCGCUGUGCAGAUGGUGCUCCUGCGGGCUGGGCUCUGCCCUGGUCUCACUGAAGACAUGAUCCAGCUCCUCAGGGCCAAUGCCAUCAGGACGGUGGUGGACUUUGUGUCUUCAGACCUGGAGGAUGUUGCCCAAAAGUGUUCCCUGUCUUACAAGGCGCUGGUUGCAGUCAGACGUGUGCUCCUGGCCCAGUUCUCUGCCUUCCCUGCCAAUGGAGCUGACCUCUACGAGGAGCUCAAGAGCUCCACGGCCAUCCUGCCCACUGGCAGCCCAAGCCUGGACCAGCUGCUGGACUCAGGGCUGUACACGGGGGAAGUGACAGAGCUCAUGGGAGCACCAGGCACUGGGAAGACUCAGGUGUGCCUGGGCAUUGCAGCCAGCGUGUCCCUGGGGCUCAAGCAGCACGUCCUGUUUCUGGACUCCACGGGGGGUUUCACUGCCUCCCGUCUCUGCCAGAUGCUCCAAGCCCAGACAGAGGAUGAGGAAGAGCAGCUGGAGGCUCUGCAGCGGGUGCAGGUGGAACGUGUGUUCAACAUCUACGAGGUGCUGGGUGCCUUGCAGGAGCUGCGGGAUCGCCUCUCCCAGCAGGUUGUGAGCUCCGUGGGACCUCUCAAGGUGGUGGUGCUGGACUCGGUGUCGGCUGUGAUUUACCCUCUGCUGGGGGGCAGGCAGGCAGAGGGUCUGGCCCUCAUGAUGCAGCUCUCCAAGGAGCUGAAGACCCUGGCCAGGGAGUUCAGCCUUGCUGUUGUGGUGACCAACCAGGUGACAAGGGACAGCAGCAGUGGCCCACUGAAGCCAGCCCUCGGCCGCUCCUGGAGUUUCGUGCCCAGCACCCGGGUGCUGCUGGAGAGCAGAGAGGGCCCCUGGGAGAGACCCAGCACACAACGUGCAGCUUCCCUGGCCAAGUCACCCCGGCAGGUGGGGACAAUCCAGUCGUGUCACUGCUGGGCUGAUGUCAGGACCAGGACUCACCUGCAUGCAAAGGUUUCAAACCCCCUGCUGCACAUCUGCUUGGACUGCAAGAAGAACUUCUGCACGUCGUGCUCAAACCAGCCCGAGGGUGGGCCCCUGCUCUGCCACCUCUGCCAGCGCUUCCGAGCCACGGCCUUCCAGCGGGAGGAGCUGAUCAAGAUGAAGGUGAAGGAUCUGCGAGAUUACUUGGCCCUCCAUGAGAUUUCCACAGAGUUCUGUCGUGAAAAGGAGGACCUGGUAUUCCUGAUCCUUGGCCAGCAGCCUGCAAUUACCCAGGAAGAUCAGAUAAGAACAAACACAUUUAAUAGCAGUGCUCGUGAACAGCAGGACUUUGUGAGUCACCCCCCAACCAACCUGGCCUCUCCUACCUCACACGAUGAGUCCUCAGUGUCUGCAGAUCCCAUCUCAAGUUCAGAAGCUCAGGAACACCAACAGGCCAAUGGUCAUGUGCCUCCAAGCCCAGCCUGUGGAACAGCAGCUGAGAAUGCAGCAGAAGAAGCAGCAGCAGAGGAUGAGAUACAGUCCAGUGACUCCGAGGAUAACCUGGUGCUGGGCAGGAAGGCCUCCCUGUCUGACCUGACGAGCGUCGGGGACAUCAACGCGCUCUCCGUGCGGCAGCUCAAGGAGAUCCUCGCCCGCAACUUCGUCAACUACAAAGGCUGCUGUGAGAAGUGGGAGCUGCUCGAGAGGGUCACGCGCCUCUACAGAGAGAAGGACCUUCAGCAUCUAGUUUUGGACACUGACGAUCAAACUGGUGCUGCUGGGCCCCCCAGCAGCGAGGACAACCUGUGCAGGAUCUGCAUGGACGCUGCCAUCGACUGCGUGCUGCUGGAGUGCGGGCACAUGGUGACGUGCACCAAGUGCGGCAAGCGCAUGAGCGAGUGCCCCAUCUGCCGCCAGUACGUCAUCAGGGCCGUGCACGUCUUCAGGACAUAGAGCUGCCUCUGGCCUCAGGGCUGCUGUGCCUUACAGCCUCCGUGCUCUUGGGGAAAGGGCCAACAUCCCUGCCAACAGCUACCUUGGAGAUUAGCGUGGACCCUGCUGCAAGAGGGAAAGAGGAAGCCUGGGGAAAGUGCUCUGCUCAAGCCGUGCCCGGCUCUGCUCAUCCCACCAUCGUGCUUUACACCACAGUGCCUGGACUCCUUGGAGCUCAUUGCCAGCAAUCAUUAACCACCUCCAUCCUAGGAUCGUUUGAGGACAGAUGGAUGCCCAGCUUUCCACCAGGAAGAUCAGCUCCAGAGGCUUUGUAUUUCCCUCUGAAUAAUAAAAGUGAACUGGGGUCUCAAAAAGUGUCCUUUGUUUUGCUGCUCAGGCUCUGCCCAGCAACAACUUGAUUUUCGAAGAUUAAAAUCUCACUGUGCUUGUUAAUUUAACUUUUUUUAAAAUUUAAUGUAAAAUUGUUGUGCUUGCAGGACAGGCAGACCCUCCCUGCUUUCCCUAAUUCCAGCCUAGUGCAAUUGUGGAAAAAUGUGUAAUUUUGUAUCAAGGUUGUCUUUGUAUUAUUGAAAACUGUCGGGGAGGGAGGCUGGGAAGGCUCAGCCUUGCCCUGUCUGCUGGGUUUUUGUUUCUGUGCCAGAGGGAGGUUUCUGGUUUGUUUUUGUCGACUUUGACUUCACAGCACGUGCCAGGGGUGGGGCUCAGACUGAACUGCCCCCACUUGAUGAUGGAGCUGUAAAUCCACGGCUUGAGUCUUGCCCAGGCUUUAGUGAGGAACCACAGAGCUGCAUAGUGAGGACUGCAUUGCUACACAAUCAUAUUUAAGUACAGGUGACUUUUUCUUUUUUUAGAAGGGACUAAUGGAAGAAAGCCUUUGUCUCCCUUGGCUCCAUGAGCAAUCUGCACUGCAGAUCAGCUUCCCCCAUCUUCCCCAGGGCCCAGAUGUACAGUUCUGUUACCUUGCACUGCUUACCGAAAGCAGUUUUGUCCUUUCUGCUGGUGAGAGGCUGUGGCCUGAUCCCUGACAGCUCUCCUGGCAGUGUGCUCAGCUGGAGGAGACUUGCUAGGAGUCUGGCAGUUCCUGCUGGAGGUGACUAACUGGUGUAUCUUCCCCUCAGGGUCCAUCAGCAGGGCACUGUGCCCUCCCUGCUCUGGGCCAGGGCUGGCUCUGGGCUCCAGCCUGGCUGCCAGCAGGGACCAGCACAAAGGCAGAGGGGCUCUGCAGUGACACCCUCAGCUCCUGGGGCACUGAAGUGCAGCUGAGGGACAGCAGCAGAGCUCCUGGGCAGUGGCAGUGCUGGCAGCAGCACACGGACCUGCUGUGCUCUGCACAGGGGCAGUUCCAGCAGCAGCUCAGCUGCAGGGUCUUUGCUCUGGGAGCUGCAGCCAAAAGAGCACCUGGGAUGAGAAAUCCAUGGCUCAGGAGGGAGCCAGGAAUCUCUCACUGAGCUGAUCUCAGAAUUCCACAAAACUGCAGCAGCUGCUGCUGACUGAACUCAGCAUUCUGAGUCCUACCUCUGUCCCAGGUCAGGCUGUUCUUUAAUCUGAAGGUUGAACAGAUCCAGCAGGAGAACAAAGUGAACAAGUCAGUAAAUCCUGACAGAGAAAGGGCAGGUAAGAAGUGACUCUGUUUGCUCUGGAGAGCACUGGGACCUGGAGGAGCUGCAGGAAUACACAAUGUGCUGAACAGCCUCUUUGAGGAAAUCCACUGUGAAAAUUCAUGUCAUAUUUUUCAGUAAACUCAGGGCUGGGGGAAUGUAGCAGGAAGAAGAUGAUUCCCCUAUGGACAGAUGUGCUUUCCUUGUAGAGGGUAGGCUUAUUUUCUACAGCAGUUAAAUCAAGCUGCAGGUAAUGCCUGAAAUUUUAGGGAUGAGAAGAUCCAACCACCCUGAAUUCCAAAAUGUGCUUUGUGAAGGGAGGACUCUUCUUGUUUCCCUUGUAAAAAUUGAUUCUCUACUUAUGGAUAUGAGUGAGUUAUUUUUAAAGGAAAAUCAAAACCUGGAGGAAACUGAUUAAUGAUCCAAAGGAAUAUAAUGUUCUGAACUAAUAAAGUAAAUGGAAAUAUUUAUGUGCUUUAUGUACACUGUACAUUGUUUAAAGAUUUUAAAACUUAAUAUUCUACUUGAAAGGGCAUGUUAUUCACUAUUAAAUCCUCUGGUACUACGACAGUUCAACUUACUAGUUUUGGUACAGAAGUUUGGUUUAUAAUUUUAUAAUAAAGUUGAAUUGUGAUUUA